AUGGGAGUCCUUCUGUUUGGCCAGCGCCGGCCGUUCGUUGCGCGGUGCUCGUCCCCGGUAUCCGCCGAGGGGAAAAGUCUGAUGCCGUACAACUCCACGACGCCUCUGCCUCCCGACAACGAUCUUCUCGUUGUGAACGCCUCCCGCUCUCCUCCCGUCUCUCCAGAAACACCCUCAGAGUCGACCGUCUCUGCCUCGCGUGCGCUUUGCUUGACGCCGUCGCCUCCCGCGCUGGACGGGAAAUACAUCGGGCUGUUCUUCGGCGCCGCGUGGUGCCCCUACUGUAAAACGUUCAUGUCGUCCCUCGUUCGCUUCUACAAUUUCCUUCGGCCCACAGGCAUGUUUGAAGUCGUGUACGUGCCUCUCGACAGAAACAUGAAGGAGUACAGAGGAUUCGUCCAAACCAUGCCGUGGUACGCGCUUCCUUUGCAGAACUACGGACAUCUGCUACGAAAAUACAAAAUCAAAUCUCUUCCUUCACUGGUUCUUGUCACUCCCGACGAUGCCGUGAUGACCGGCGACGCUGUCGAGCUGGUUAAGGACCGAAAUGCAGGCGAAAAGUUCUCACAUAUCUUCGAAAGAUUUAGCGGACCGGCUUCUUUAGGAAAUCGCUUUCGAACGCUCUUUGGCUAG